UUAUUCAGAUGAAAUCAAUUUUAUUCAUAGUUAGUGUUUAUGUAUGUGUUUAUCGUGUAUUUGUUGAUUAUUUAUUUUGGAAUAUAAUUUCAAAAACAAAAAAAACUUAAAACAAUGUCACAAUUUAUAAAAUGGCCAAAUACAUUCUGUAGGGCAAUAAUAUUUUUUCAAUUCAUUCGAUUUAUUCAAGCUGAUUGGGAAUCAUGGUGGACAUAUGAAGGAAUUUCCGGACCGGAUUUUUGGGGCCGUCUAAAUCCACGAUGGUCACAUUGUAGUAAAGGUCAACGACAAUCACCAAUCGAUAUUGAUACAUCGACAUUAUUAUAUGAUCCAUAUUUAGAACCAAUUAAAAUUAAUGGUGAUUAUGUACGUGGACAAUUAGUUAAUACUGGUCGUGGUAUUUCAUUAUUAGUUGAUCGAUCAACAACAUCAAGCGGUGAUAAACAUGUUACAAUAAGUGAUGGACCAUUCAGUUAUCAAUAUACUGUAUCAAAUAUAACAUUACAUUUUGGCCGUGAAAAUGAUCGUGGUUCAGAACAUACUAUUGAUGGUCGACGUUUUCCCGGUGAAUUACAAUUAUAUGCAUAUAAUUCACAAUUAUAUUCAAAUUGGUCGGAAGCAAAACGUGAACCAAAUGGUUUAGUUGCAAUAUCAAUAUUUAUUAUGGUCAGUGGACAUCCUGGUCAGGUGGUUACAUUAAAUCAACAGCAACCAAAUGCAGCAUUAAAACAGAUAACUGGUCUAUUAAAAAAUAUAACCAAACGUGGCUUAAGCUAUACAAUUGAAUCAUUGAGUAUAAUGGAUCUAUUACCAUCAUCAUGGAAACAUUAUGUUACAUAUGAAGGUUCAUUAACACAACCAUCAUGCCAUGAAACAGUACAAUGGGUUAUAUUAAAUCGACCAAUUUAUUUAUCAUCAUAUCAAUUUCAUAUGUUACGACAUUCAUUAAAAGGUGAUGGUCAUCAGGAUAAUUUUCGUCCAACACAACCACGUAAUAAACGAUCGAUACGUUGCAAUAUUGUUUAUGAAAAUUUGGGUAAUAGUGAUCGUAAUGUUGUUGAUGAACAACAUCAUUCAUCAAAUACAUUAAUGUCAACUAUUCAACAGGAUGAUGAAAAAUUAUAUUUAAACAAUGAAAAUUUAAAUCGUAUUGAACGAAUGGUUAAUGAUUAUAUGGAUAAUGGAAUAAAUAAUAAUAAUAAUAAUGACGAAAGAUUGAACCUUGAUUUUAAUCAUCAUAAAUCACAAAAAACAAUUAAAUUAAAACAAAAUACUUUUGUCAAACGUGAUUUGGAUUAUGAUGAUGCUGAUGAUGAUGAUGAUGAUACCGGCAUUGUUAAUGAAUAUAAUGUACAAAAAUUAGCAACAUUAUCAUCAAUGACAAAAGAUUCAAAU